AUGGGUUGUGUUCUGGGGCAAUAUGAUGACACUGGGAGAAAAGAAAGAGCCAUUUAUUAUUUAAGCACAAAGUUCGAUGAAUGCGAGUCACGGUACUCAUUUCUAGAAAAGAUCUAUUGCGCAUUGGCGUGGACAGCAAAUCAACUCAAGCACUAUAUGUUGAAUCACAAAACAUGGCUCAUUUUCAGUAUGGAUCCGAUCAAGUAUGUUUGCGAGAGCCUAUUCAUAUCUAGAAGAAUAGCAAAAUGGCAAGUCACGCUUUCACAAUAUAACAAUGUUUAUAUGACAAGGAAGGCAAUACAAGGAAGUGUGAUAGCAGAUCUCCUAGCAGAGAACCCAAUUGAUGAUUAUGAAGCUUUAAACUUUGAAUUCCUAGAUGAGCAUAUUAAUACGGUGAGCGAGGACACUGAGGCACAGGAUGAUGUGUGGGAAAUGUAUUUCGAUGGGGCAGUUAAUCUCUCCGAUAAUGGGAUUAGAGCAAUACUAAUAUCCACAGGUAGGAAACACUUCCCGGUAGCUGUCAAGCUAAAUUUUGAGUCUACUAAUAAUGUCGCAGAAUAUGAGGCCUACGUGAGUGGUUUGCAAGCUGCUAUUGAAAUGAAAGUAAAGAAAUUGGAAGUGUACAGAGAUUUUACCUUGAUCAUCUAUCAAGUCAAGGGAGAAUGGCAAACAGGAGACCCAAAGCUGAUCUCGUAG